AAAUUUUGUUAGAAAUAUAAAAAUAUUAAUGUUGUAUAGAAAAGGCUUCAAAUCAAAUAUAUUGAAGGAAACCUUAAGUAUUGGAAUUUCUAUACUCUCAGUCAAAAUUACGCUAAAGCUAUGGCGUUAAGCUUGCAAGGGUUACGGCAAUAUUUAAGUGAACUCAGAAAUUCUGGAGGUCUCCAUAAGGAUCAGGCCGAAAAGUACCGCAGUGUUUUGUUGGAGAUUCUGAACAACCCCGAAAGAGAGCUUGUGGAGGGUCUUAAAGUAUUUGUAGAAGCUAUUGUGAACGAGAAUGUAAGUCUUGUGAUAUCACGCCAGCUCCUCACAGAUGUCAGCUCUCACUUGGCCCUGCUGCCCGACAAUGUUUCACAGGAAGUGUCACAUUUUGCUUUAGAUGUCAUUCAACCUAGAGUUAUUUCCUUUGAGGAGCAGGUGGCUAGUAUAAGGCAACAUUUGGCUGACAUAUAUGAAAGAAAUCAGAACUGGAAGGAGGCAGCCAAUGUACUUGUUGGUAUACCAUUGGAGACUGGCCAAAAGCAAUACUCUGUAGAUUAUAAGCUUGAAACUUACUUGAAGAUAGCAAGACUAUACUUGGAAGUGGAUGACCCGGUGCAGGCUGAGGCCUUUGUAAACCGAGCCUCGCUGCUGCAGGCGGAGACAACUAAUGAACAGCUCCAGAUAUAUUACAAAGUGUGCUAUGCUAGGGUUUUGGAUUACAGAAGAAAAUUCAUAGAAGCUGCACAAAGAUACAAUGAGUUGUCAUACAGGAAUAUAAUUCAUGAGGAUGAGCGUAUGACCUGCCUCAGGAAUGCUCUGAUUUGCACAGUGCUUGCAUCAGCAGGUCAACAGCGUUCCCGGAUGCUGGCAACGCUGUUCAAGGACGAGCGCUGCCAGCAGCUGCCGGCGUACAGCAUCCUGGAGAAGAUGUACCUCGACCGCAUCAUCAGGCGCUCCGAGCUCCAGGAGUUCGAGGCGCUCAUGCAGACGCAUCAGAAGGCGACAACAUCAGACGGGUCAUCCAUCUUGGACCGCGCGGUGUUCGAACACAACCUGCUGUCGGCCAGCAAGCUGUACAACAACAUCACGUUUGCUGAGCUCGGCGCAUUGCUGGAGACGCCGCCCGCGCGCGCCGAGCGCAUCGCCAGCCACAUGAUCAGCGAGGGCCGCAUGCACGGACACAUCGAUCAGAUCAGCGCGAGAGUGCAUUUUGAGACUCGUGAAAUUCUCCCGCAGUGGGAUAAGCAGAUCCAGAGUUUGUGCUACCAAGUCAACAGCCUCAUAGAGAAGAUCGCGGCCGCAGAACCAGAGUGGAUGGCCAAACUCAUGGAGGAGGAGAUGAUACAAUAAACUUUUUACUAAUGAA